CCCCGUCCAUCGCGUCAACGCCAUCAAACACGCUUUCAACGCAAGGUCCAACACCGUCACCGUAACCGUCGCACCGUGCCAACGGAAGCACACGAAUAGCGCAGCGCCUUCGACAUGCCUCGCCGUCAGGCUUCAAAGCCAGUGUCUGCGGACCCUGUGUCAGGCCCGCCAUCAACCCCAGCGAACGCGGAUUUCACCGCGUCCAAGCCGCUCCUUCAUGCACCAUUCGCUGCCGUCGAAGACGCGCCGUGGCAACAUGGCGGCGCGGCCUCCCAGCAGUCAGAACAGCAGCACGCUGAUCGCGACGCAGUCCACAGCGCAGAGCAACAGCGCGAAGACGCGGCGGAAAAUUCGUCACACCUCAUCCAGAUGUUCUUGAGCAACAUGGCCCAUCUCCCCGCAACCGAUGCGGGUGCUGCGACCGCGUCUCAACAGCAACAACACACGGAGCUUGAUUCAUUGCCGCCGCCGCCACCUCCAGCCCAUGCGGAAGCGGAGGGCGAAGAUAACGCACAAGAAUUAGCAGAGGCGCUGGACGCUUCAGCCAAGGUACCAAAGCCCAAGAAAGCUAAGCGCAAGACCAAGGCUGACCAGCAACAAGAGCAACAGCAGCAACCGCCAGCGCAGGCCUACCAACAGUCGCGGCUACAGCAAAACAACGACAAUGAGGUUCAAGUGCCUCCUCCGCCCGCACCAUACGAGCCCCCAGCUAUUCCCGAGCCGAAUUUUGCCCUCAUUCCCAACGCAGCGAAUCACGCUGCCACUGCUACAGCCAUCGCUGCGGGUCCACACCCAAUGGACGUGGAGGUCGACAUCGGCGUCGAGUCGCAUCAGGAGCCGGUCGGCGAAAACGAAUCUGUUGAAAUAGCGACAGACACACGACCGGGUGCAGCAACACUUGGAAUUGCCGCGGAAGCGAAGCCGUCGCCUUCCAAGAAGCGUGUGCUACGGAAAAAAGCGACCAUGAGACCCGAGACGGGUCCCGGAUCAUCCGGGCGCGGUACCGGAAGAGGCUUGACCUUGAGCGGCAAGCCGGAAUCGAUGUACAACACGGGUGGAAAUCUUGGUGGACGAAUCAAAUGGACCGAUGAGGAGACGAAUACGCUUAUGCACGCGCUGCUCGAGGUGUGCAACUACAAGCGCAUGCUGCGGGCGGAGGCGCGCGCCAAAGAGCAAGUGCAGACACAGCCACCCAAGAUCGAGAGGGACAUGGACACGCAGGGACCCACUGAUGGGUCAGAAACGCAAACGCAGGAACAGGAUGGCAAGGUUAGCAGCACAGACGCUGAUCCGAUCGUCGAUGGAAGCACAUACACGGCACCUGCACCAGAUCCACCGGCAGAUCCGACAUCCACAUCCGAUGCAGCAUCGGCAAUAUUAUCCCAGCAUGUUCCUACUCCGUCGACGCAAGCGAUCAACAGUGUGCAGCCAUACCAUGCUGUGCUCAAGCUACACGGUAAAGCAGGCGUCAGGAGCACCAUUCUGCACGAGAGAAAUAACGUGCAGCUCAAGGACAAGAGCAGGAACGAGCUGCUCAAGCUGAGGCGUGCCAAGGAACCCAUUCCCUUCUGGAAGUCGAUGCUGCAUGACACGCUUUGGGACGACGCGGAAGAACCUAUCCUCCCGGUUAUCGAUCCUCCGCCUCUGUCGGACGAAGCUAAGGAGGAACUCGACAGGCUCCUGCAGCCCACACCUCCGGCGCCAUCUGCACCACGAGCCCGCGCCCGCGCCGCUAGGACGCAUGGUGCACGCAUGGGCAAGGGAAGAGGCCGCAAGAGAAAGGCGGCUGCCGGGCCUGAUGCCGACCAAGCUGUUACAGCAACGAUGGAGAUUGCAAGCGAGAACCCGAACGCAAUGACGACAGCGACAGCGGUUCCAGCUCCACCUGCACCGUACGAUGGCGGUCCCGCCUCGGCGGCUGUCGUGCAUGAACCUUCGAAUACGAGCACGAGCACAGAUGCCGCCCCAAUCCUCGACCCAGCUCUAGUGGCUGACGGCGUAGAAGCAGCGCCGUACGGCGGCGUCCAGCCUAGCGCCGCUGCGUCGGACGACGGCAAGGGACGUGGCCGCGGAAGAGGACGGCCGCGCGGUGCGCGCGGUGCAGCGCGUGGCAGCGGAAGAGGCCGAGGUGGCAAGCAAACUGCCAUUGUUGCUGAUACCAGCGCGUUUGCCGAUGUUCAGCCCUCCAACACUGAUAGUGGCGCGAUGCCGCCGCAUCAAACGCGAGUGGAGGUCGAUCACGCCGCGCAAGACGCUAUGGCCGUACUGCCCACGCGUGGCCGAGGCGUUCGAGGUGGCACUGGCCGAGGCGCUCGCGGUGGUCGAGGAAGAGGAAGAGGACGCGGAGGGGCAACGAAUGCUAUUCAGCCAUCGCAAGCAGAUGAGGAAGCUGCGGCGAAGGCCCUCACCGAGCUCGAUGUUGGCGCCCAGUCAGCACUAGCCGGUACAACGCAGCCCAAUGCAUAUAGCGGAGCGGCGCAAGUGCAGCAGGGAUCAGCCCAGCAAGAGCACGAGCUGUCGCAGAUUCAACAGGCCGCACAAGCCGCGGCUCAGUCUCAUGUGCAAGAACAAGUACAAUCACAGGCAGCUGUAGCUGCAGAUGGCAGCAGCGGCGUCAGCAAGAAGCGCACAGCGCCUACAGAAGGCAAGGGCGAUGACGCGCCGCCGAAGCGUUCACGCAAGGAGCUCGCGGCGGAAGGGCUUAUCGUCCUCGAGACGCAAGUAGAGGCAGAGGCAGGUGCUGCGGCUGGUGGGCAUGACAGCGAGGAUGAGGCACAAGAGACGAUCGCUGCCAGUCUGUAGUGCGACUUUGUAAAGUAACGGAAUUCGUUUGGGUAUUAG